AGAGAGCCAGCCAGAACCAGCCCUACUCCCAGCCGGAGAGAGACACCCAGACCAGAACCCACCCCCAGCCCUACCCCCCGUGCUGUUACCCAAGCCACCCCAGCCUCAGGAGCUUUCAGCCGGAUGGGCUCCAUAGCAAGUCUCUUCCGCUCCCAUCGACGUGCCACACCGGCAGCAGGACCAGUCAACAACAACACUGGUGGAGUUAACCCAUGGGAGAUGGGUGCUCUGACUGAAUCCCAACCAGAAGUGAAUACCAGCCUCUUCCUGGAUCCGCCGACCCCUGACCCCAUCAUGAAUCAGAUGCCAGCUUUCCCUGCAUUGAGGGAGAUAGACAUCUCCAGCAUCCAGGCCCCAGAGCCCAGGAGCAGAGAGGAGUUCCUGCAGUAUGCCUGUACCCUGACCCUAGACAUGAGGACAGCCCACCGGCGUCUGAGCCUGUCAGAGGGUAACACCAAGGCCACCCUACAGGGGGCAGGGCAGCCCUACCCAGACUGCCCCCAACGCUUCGACGGCUGGACCCAGGUGCUGUGCCAGGCCCCCCUGUCCGCCCAGCGCUGUUACUGGGAGGUGGAUUGGCGGGGGAAGGGGUCAUCCAUGGGCGUAGCUUAUGGAGCCCUGAGCAGGAAGGGGGCGGAUGCCAGGGUGGGGCUUGGCUACAACGCCCAAUCAUGGAGCCUGGAGCUGUCGGAUACGUGUUGCACGGCAAUGCAUGCCAAUGAGAAGAGGGAUAUCCCGGUGACGUACUCGCCGCGUCUGGGGUUGUUCCUGGACCUCACCGCAGGCACCCUGGCGUUCUAUAGCGUGGCAGAGAGCAUGGCGCACCUGCACACGUUCCGUGCUAACUUUACACAGCCGCUGUACGCGGCCUUCGGAGUGGGUAGUGGAGUUGGUGUUGGGUUGGACUUUGGUCUGGGUCAGUUCAGCCAGACAUCCGACAGCAUCAAGAUCUGCCCCAUGUGAUGAGACCGACAACCUCUGUAUAGAUCCCCAUCUGUUAUCGCCGCUUUAUAUGAAAUCGUUUAACUUUAAUUGUUUGUUUCCUAAACAUUUACAAAAUAGCCCAAGUGCUGCACUUCUGACAAAUAGUGUGUGUGUGUGUGUGUGCGUGCGUGCGUGCGUG